AUGGCGCUUGAUCUGGAUGAAUGGGUUACCAACUCAAACGAAUGUUUUCACCUUAAUCUUUACCGCACCGCCAACGAGGACGGCCCUGAGCGCAUUCUCGAAUCCUUCAAUCCCAGCUAUACAUACACCCUCAUCGAGGAGAAUGAGACCAUCGCGGGGUACAAGAACCCCAGCAUCGAGCUAGAUUUCCGCGCCAACGACCUGAAGCCAAAGCUGAAAAUCUCCUUUGACCAAGAACUUGACCUCAAGAAGAUUUCCCCAGAUCUAAACCAGGUGAACCUAUCACCAGAGCUGUUCCGCGAGUACCUCCCAGAUUCCAUUGGCGAUGCUGCGAGCGCGACUUCGGCCGACUGGAAGCCUCCUGGUGAGCUCGCCAAUGCCUUUACUCUAUACGGAAAGCAGUACGAGAUAUGGAGAGCCUCCAUGACAGAUACCGAAGCGCGGCGCAUCUGGACAAACAUGAGAAUCUUGGCAAUACUGUUUAUCGAAGGCGCUACAACAGAUGGCUUGGACGAUGAGGAGACUCUGGAUCGCUGGACGUUGUAUCUGCUGUAUGAGGUAACGCCGCUGGAGGACAAGACACUAUCGCCCUACACGCUCGCCGGCUUCUCCACAACCUACCGCUCUUGGAUCUUCCCCACAUUCGAGAUUGCGCGGGCUACAAAGCAGUUGCCAUCGCCUGCUGAAAGCAACAGCGGCGAGACUGGCAAGUACACGCCACCUCGUCUACAUCAAGACCCCGAGACUUUCCUCUUCACAGACAAGCUCGACCUUCUUCAAACGCCGUCAAGAGAACGCAUCUCGCAAUUCCUUGUCAUCCCUCCAUAUCAGGGCCAAUCGCUUGGAAGCCGGCUUUACGACACUAUUUUCCACGAUCUAGUAUCCAAGCCCUUCAUCUACGAGAUUCCCGUAGAGGAUCCUAGUGAGGCGUUCGAUGCAAUGCGGGACUACAGCGAUAUUACGUAUCUUCGCACUUUGCCCGCAUUCCAGAACCUGUCGGUCGCUUCAAAUCUGCCCCCAGAAUCCUUGAGGAAAGAUUCGCCUAUCCCGCGAGACCAAAUUCUUGGCAACGGAACGGAUCUCGAAGAACUCCGAAAGGAAACAAAGAUUGUGAGCAGGCAAUUCUACAGAAUGGUUGAGCUGCAUCUGUUAUCGACUAUUCCUCCGAACCACCGCAGUCGAUCACGCAUUACACGCAAAGCGAAAUCGAGCAAUGAAAACGAUAGAAGAUACUACUUCUGGCGUCUAGCCCUGAAGCACCGUAUUUACAGCCAAAAUGCCGACGCUUUGGAUCAGAUGGAGGAUACUGCCGAGCGCGUUGAGAAGCUAGAGUCUGCAGUCGACAGUCAGCAGGAGGAAUUUGAGGAGCGUCUAGAGGGCCUUGAGAAGCGCCAAAACCUGGCAGCUGAUACCACAUCUGCCUUGCCAGCUGGCGCGAGGGGUAAGAGGAAACGAGCAGUUGUGCUUGAGGAUGACGAGGACGACGAGUGGGAGGAUAUGGAAGAGGCGUCUGUUGCAAGCUCAAAGAGGAUGAGGUCGUAA